AAAAAAAGCAGUACAGAGAAUCUUAUAUCAGCGACACAAUGGAGUUGGAUAUUGAGCAACUAGAGAAGCGAUCCCGAGCCAGUGGCAGCAGUGCAGGCAGCAUGAAGCAUAAACGCCUUUCCAGGCACUCCACAGCCAGCCAUAGCAGCUCUCACACUUCAGGCAUUGAGGCAGACACCAAACAAAGGGACCUUGGACCAGAGGACAGUUUCACUGGAAACAUCCUUCAUAGGAAACUCAAAUCCUGCAACUCAAUGACCAGCCACGGGAGCUCUCACACCUCAGGCAUUGAGAGCGGUGGGAAAGACAGAAUAGAGGAUGACUCACAGGAUGAUGAAAUAGAAAUGCUGGUUGAUGAUCCCAAGGACUUGGAGCAAGUGCAUGAACUGGCCCCAGAGAUCAGUCCCGAUAUGUGUAUUCAUAUUACCGAGGAGAUGCUGAUGUCAAGGCAGCUGAAUGGACAUGCGGGUCUGAUUGUACGGGAGCUGAGUUCUUCUACUUCCAGUUCUUCUGAAACAGUGGUGAGACUUUACGGCCAAAGUGUGGAUUCAUUACCACAGCCUGUAUGCAGAAAACCAAAGACCUCCACUGACCGGCAUAGCCAAAGCUUGGAUGACAUUCGUCUUUAUCAGAAGGACUUUAUGGAGGUAGCCACCCUUUGCCAAGACGCUGCUCAGAGUUACACGUUUGGCUGUGCUCAUAAUCUGAAUAAGGAAAGUAAUUGCUGUAACCGGUGCUUGGCAGAGCAGUACAAUGCAACAAAGGAAACUUUCAUUGUCAAACGAACAAGUAAAUAUUCAUCUUUGGACCUUACAGCUGAUGAUUCUGUUCCUGAAUUUGUGGUUUGAACAUUUUUACUAUGCAUUAGUGAUGUGUACUGUAAGUCUGGCUGCCUACUGCAUUCCAAUGACCUUCCAAAUCGACUGCUUACACUUCACUGUUGAGCUGAAAGACUUUUUGUUUCAGUCACCCAAGGAACAGUUAGUUUAUAUUCUGCAGUUCUUCCAUGUUUCUGAACAAAAACAACUUAGAAAGCAAUGGAUGCCAAGAAGCCAAAGAAAUAUGUUAAGCAGGAGUCUAAAACAAUGAUAAGAAGAUGUAUAUUUUUGAGAGUCAAAGAACGUUCAGUAACAGCAAGACAGUCAGAAUUCUUUGCACAUUGACUCUUCUGUGGAAAAUUAAAUCCAUGGUGUUUGGAGUAUUACAAUUCAGUAUUACACAAACAAAGUUCUUUCCAAAAAAACUUGUCUUUUUUUAUCAAGCAAAUGUUAUGUAGUAAAACCUUAGGGUUUUUAACACUUGUGUGUUAGUGGCACCAUUACUAUGUUGUUGAUCAACUUCUUGAAGAUGUUUCAGUUAAAAAUGUAGACUUGACCUUGGUACUGUGAACCUUGCAGUGUUGUGGUAGUUACAUUUUAUUCCUGUACCUUUUUGGGUGCCUUUGUUUUACUUGUUGUCAGAUGUAUAUGAGUGCAGUGACAAUCAGACUCUUUCCUCUACCUGCACACUUUCAUCCCCACCCAUAAGACACAAAAAAGAAAAUUACUAUCUUGUGGGAAAUGAUUUGUCUUCUACAUAGGCACGUAAUUACAUGGGGGAUUGCAUCUAAAUUUGUUUUAGGUGAGGGGUGGGAUUGUUGGCCUAUUUGAAUGUCUUUGCAGUUAGCUGGUAAAUUCCAUUGAUUUUGAAGAUGGGUGAAGGCUUUCUGUAUAUACCAGCAGAUGACUGCAAGUGUGUGAGUUGAGAAAUAGAGCCAGUUAUAGUUUGCUGGUAGGUCAAUGAAAGUAUGUACGAGUGGGUAGCCCAGUUGGCCUCUGAGUUCCAGUGUACCAAGGCACAUAUUCAAAUAAAGUACUUUUGAAUACAGAACAUUUGUAUUCAAAGACAUGCUAUUUGUUUAUAUGCAGUUACUCAAGACAUAUGAUUCUAAAUUCAUAUUUCUACUUAAUUUGCUGUCAGAUUGGUUUGAAAACUACAGUUUGCAUUGAUUUUCAAUUUAAAUUCCAGCAUUGUACUAGUUUAAAUAUGAUGCAAAACACACAAGUCGAGCAAUUUUUUUUCCAAGCAUCAUCGUCAACAAUGAUAAUGUCCCACAUACAUGAAAGGGUUCCCAGCUGCAGGACAAAGGUUGUAAUAACAUAUCAUUAAACAGCCAUUGGUAUCCAUCAAGCUUUACUCGCAGUAUGAGUAUAAUAGAUGACAAGGGAAUUAAUAGACUACAUUAUAGGAAUUUCAUUUUUAAUUUCAUUAAGACAGUGACAUUUACAUUGUGGCUGACACACAAAUUAGCUUUGAGAUGAACCAGCUUUGUUGCUAAAUGGAUAAUUUUUCAAGCUGAUACAUAGUAUUUUACAAUACAUUAUUGAUGGCAAUAUUUUAACAUUUAGCAGCAUUUUUGCAACUGGAAGUUUCUUAAAAUAUUUUUUGAUAUGGAACAUGUUUCUAUGGUAUUUUUAUAUAACUGAUAUUUUUACAUGAAAUUAUAUUAAUCAAGUAGUUGUCAAGAGCAGUGCAAUUUUUAACAGUAUUAUGGCAGUUAGCAGUACUGGAAGCAGUAUUAUAAACUGAUAAUGUCAAUAGGUUGAUAUUCGUAAAUAUAUUUGUGUUUGGGUAAGUAAGUGGAUUGGCCUUGUGAAAACUUUGGAUUACUCUAUCCCUUCCCCACAUAAGCAUUUCAUGAAGGUUACUUCAUAAAGGAUCAUGAUACAUUUUUAUUGUGAUUUAGUAAUAAUGAUUCACCAUUUCCAGUCACAUAUCACAGAAGGCACUAAUUACAGUGUGUUGGGUUCACUAACAAGGUAGGCAUAGUUUAAGGUUUUCAUCAGACUCUCUAGAUGUUUUAAUUCUGUGCUACCUUAAACCUCCUUCUGAUGAGAUUAUUGAGCUAACGAUUGAAUAAUAACAAACUUUGUUUUAUUAUAUUCAUCGGAUGUGGGCAGUACUGGCUCGGCCAGUAUUUAUUGACCCUAUCUCUAAUUGUCCUGGAGAAGGUAGAAAUUAACAAUAAGCAUUAUUUUUAAAUAUUAUAUCACAUUCUUUUGGGUAUCCAGUUUAGAUUCAAUCUGUAGCUGCAGUCUGAAAAUGCAAUUAUAUUUUAAAACAAACUUGUUAAAUUCUCCAAAUUAGUUUACUUAUUGCUGAAGAAUGUUUAUGGCAUUUUAGCCAUAUUAGCAGAAAUCCUUUGUUAAUUAACCACAUCCUUUUAAAUGGAGGCUUAAAAAAAAUCCACAUCAGAUUUUUGAAAUAGCAGAAUUCCGUAUUGCAAUUAUAUGAGGGAUACAAAAAAGGCUGGUUAUCCUCAGGUUAAGCUUGUAAUAAAAGUCAACAUGGCACAGACUUUGUCCCACAUUAUACUAAUAAGAGCAGCAGGUUUACCACAUUGAAAUCCCAUCUGCUCCAUGAUGAUAGGGCAAAGGAGAGCAAAACUGGAUGACUGGUGAUGCCGUUAUUUGCAUAAAUAUGUAUAUCAAUAAAAUCUGUGUUUCCAAAGAUCAAGAUCUAUCAAUUAGUCUUUCACAUGCACGUUUGUGACAGUGGGUUCAUGUCCACAGAAUCCCAUUAAUGCUAAAUUUUCCUAUCAACAAUGUAUCAGAAUCAAACAACAAUUUCAUGACAAGGGGUUGUCAUUAGCUAAUGCUUGUAGUAAAUCCUCAGUAGAAACCAGUUAUUACACUAUUUAGUGUGCAUAUUUUUUAAAGGCAUGAAUGAUUUAUAUUGUAUGCACAGUUCCAUUUAGCAGAGCUAUGAGAAUUAGAAAUGCACAGAAGGAACUGAUUAUAAGUUAAUUCACUUGUGUUUGACAUACCAUUGGUCAUUUGUGCAGAGGUAAAAUAAACAUCACUUUUGACAGUUUAUGAAAACUCUAUAUUAAUUGGCAAUUUUCAGUUGAUCAUAACUUCUGACACCUUAACAUGCUUUAUAUUCAGCAAUGUUACGAGCUUUUAAGAAUGUUCUUUCAGGAUCUAUGUCUCCAGAAUUAUCAGGGCUGACGCAAUGGCACAUUAUUUUGAAAGCUGAUAAUGAUAUGCUAGUUUACAGUGUUUGCUCUAAUUGCCCUUAUGCAUGUGAUUAUUGGACAUGUGCAAAAUACCAAUAAUCUGUCCAUCAGAAACAAAGAACUUCUCUCUUAAUGUUUGUUAUUGAAGAAUCAAUCUACCAUAUUAUUAAAUGUUUAAACAUUUUAAUUCUCUAUUAACCAAUCAGAAAAAGAAAAUAACAAUCGACGCAUUUGGUUUUAAAUGAGGAUUCAUGUGAUUAUAAAUGGCGCUCACCUUUGACUCGAAUAAUGAUCUUCCAUAGCUAAUUAAAUUUGGAAUACAUUGCUGUAACAAGGUAGACAUUUAAAAGAGACUGUGGUACAAGGGUCCCUGAGUACGUCAUCUUUAAAUUUCUUAAUGCUUUUUGAAAUUUAACAGAGAUGGACAUUAUGGCUAAGCACUGCUUUAUCUUGAAAAUUUUUAAUGUAUCCAGGCUUGAUAUUUUGCUCAUACUUUUUAUUGGCUUCAUAGAACCUGGGCUUAACACCAUCCUAAUGUCGAGCAACAUCUGGAACUAUACUGAACUAUUGCAUUGGUUAUUUAUUCCAAAAUAGGUUUUACGCAUUCAUUUAAAAAGGCCAAUUUUUCAACAGCAUAGUAAAAAUUGUUAUCUUCCAUACUCUUUAAUAUAAUAAUUGCACAAACUGUAAAAUCCUUUCUGUGAAAGGUGCUCCUGUCAAAAUAUGUAAAGUAAGAUAACAUUGUGCAACCUGUAAUUGAAUUACUUUGGUAGAAUGAAGUCCAAUGUGUACCUUCAAGGUACAUAUGCCAAAAUAUAAUAAAAGUAACUGUUUAAAUGUA